GACAGCGGUGAGCGUCAAAGAGGCCGAAGUAGAGUGAAGCAGUUUACACGUUUGUUUAAGAAAAAAAGUUGUCAGGUUUUAUUUACAGUGUUUUCAGGCGCAAAGAUGAUGCAGGCUUUGAAAGGCGUCAGAUACGUGACAUCCAGCACGAUGAAACAAGCAGUUUCAGAGCUCUCCGUGGCAGUCCCGUGGGGGGAGAUCCGAGGUAAAGUCUGGGGUCCUGACCACGGACAUCCUGUGCUGUGCCUGCACGGCUGGGCUGACAACUGCGGUACAUUCAACACGCUCGUUCCCCUCCUGCCAAAAGAGUGCCGAUAUGUGGCAGUGGACCUGGCAGGUCACGGUCGCUCGUCGCACCGUCCUCCUGGAGUUCUGUACGCCUUUCCUUCCUACGUGAUGGAUGUACGCAGAGUUGUUGAUGCUCUGCAGUGGAGCAAAUUCUCCAUUAUAGGCCACAGCAUGGGUGGUAACGUUGCAGGAAUGUUCAGCGCUCUGUAUCCGGAGAUGGUGGAUGCCAUUGUGCUGCUGGACUCCUACGGAUUUUUACCUACAGACCAGAAGGAAAUGCCCAAAGUGAUCAGGCAGGGGUUUGAAGAGAUACUUCUGUUUGAAAAAACGAUGGAGGAGAAGAAGAGAGUGUACACUUACGAGAAGGCAGUAGAAAGGUUGAUGUCUGUAAACCAAACUCUUUCUGAACGCUCUGCGAAAAUCCUUCUGGAGCGAGGUCUGGUUCAGGUUGAGGGAGGAGUUGUGUUCUCCAGAGACUUUCGUGUUAAUCUGAAAAACAUAGCACGCAUCAGUUUGGAGCAGAGUCUGGAGCUGCAUUCGAGGAUAACGGCCUCUAUCCUAGUUGUUCUAGCAGAAAGUGGCUUGGAGAAAAUAUUUGCUGAAGACGAGCAAAAGAAAUUUACAUCAGCACUUCUUCAGGCCUACAGGGACAAAAAUCAUGCCGUGGUGACUGUUCCAGGUGAUCAUCACAUCCACCUGAAUAAGCCUGACAUCGUCGCUCCAGUUGUGUCGGACUUCCUGCAGACCAAAGUCCUCUCACGCUCUGCUACACCAACUAAUGGCCAGACCUCGAAGUUAUAACAGACCAGUUACUCCUCGAGUCACGUCACACUGACUCUACUGCUAAUCCUGUAUUUAUACUGUACUAUUUACACAGGUUUAACUUUGGUGCUUAAAACUCACUCGGCUGGUCGUCUUAGCGGACUCAUGAAUUAUUUAAAGCAUUUUAAAAGGUAGUGAUGCUGUUGAUUUAAAUGAGAAAACAUAAUUUUGCCAUCGCUGCCAUCUCUGUCUGUUUACUCAGGCUUUCUGCCUCAGGCUCUGCACUCACUAACAUGAGGGCAUCAGAGGUUUGAGUUCAUUCUUCUAUUGCGCUGCCUGGAGCAUGCACCACAUACUCCAAGCAGAGGCAGUUUCAAACACAUUAUACCACAUUGGAGCUCUUAAACUAUUAUUAAACUAUUCCAUAGCUUGAUAAUUGUCCCAAGCACAGCAAUAGUCUGUGGCCAUAUUAAAGUCACACAGGUGAAACUGGAUGAAGGGGUUUGUCAUUAUCUGUGAAUUCCUCCCACACAAUCAGGAGUUGGGCCACCAAACUUGGCACAAAGGUACAUCUUGAAGGCCUCUGAAGGUUCUCAUCUAUGUCAGGUAUUAUUAGGUCCUCGUAUUGCCUAGCAACCACCUAGCAAGAGGCUCAAAUGACUGCUUUACAUUCCUAUAACGCCUUAUGAAAUUAAAGCUAAUUUUAUAACUUCUUAUUUAUAUCCACAAAAUCUGAAUUAUGCAUGUUGAGCAACCACCUAGCAACAGGCUAAAAACCAUUUUUAGCAUAUGAACAACAUCGCUUAUUGUUUUUACUGUUCUCCCUGUGAUUAUGUAUAUCAGUUUGCCCACAGCACCAACAGGCCAAGCAAUACUGUAGCAUGGGCACGUAUGGGUUUCUCUAAUUUGUUACUCCUCGUCUCCUCUGUCUUCCCCGGAAAUCUGUCUCAAGUGUGCCGUGUUUAAGGAUGUCUCAUUCCUAAAAUGCAUCUGGAGGACAGAGGAGAGAGGAAGCUGCACAGGUAUGGCUUUGUGGUAGUUCUUUAACCUCUAGCGUAGGCCAUAAGAGCUAGGAUAUACAAACCGUGCUGGACUCUUUAAACAACUGCUCGUUUCAUCCUCCAACUGUUUCAGUUUUUAAGAUGAUCAGACUUUCUACUCUUCAGUGUUUCUGUGAAAAGUAAUAUCUGCUCACAUUGUGGCAUGUUGUAAAUUUAAGGGUUUUUUGCUUUUUUUAAGUGCUGUGAUAUCCUAAAAGACAGUAGUAGCCUUUAACAAAACCAUGGGCAAAUGAUGUGGCUGUGCUACACGUCACGUUUCAGUUCAUCCCGCAGAGCCAGUGACACCAUCAGCUGAAUCGCCCCGUGCCUGCUGCCUUUGAGGAAUGAUUGGGAUUCACUGUGGCAGCUCAGAAGUCUCACCAGUGUGCUGUGUGUCAUUAAUAUUUUAGCAAGUGUACAGUUUCUCAGAUGUGCGACCACAUGUUUAAUCUCAAAGGUUAAGUGAGCAGUGGAGAGGAAAGUGUGUACCAACACAGAGAGAGCAGAGGACGACGCGUGACUUGAGUACUUGAGUAACAACUAUGAUUUCCCAUACAGGGCGUCUUUUUAGUAAAUCUCAGUUACUGAAAAGCUUUUAUUUUGAAGAAACAUCAAUUGACCCAUAAAAACAAUUUCUGUGCCUGACGCAUCUUUUUUUUUUUUCUUACAUUAAACU